CUCUUUCCUUCACACACGCAGCUCACGUACACGCGAUGAGCACACCGCGUCGCGGCGGGCAGCACCACGGCGACAAGCGCACCGUGACACGAGCAGCCUCCCGAAACAGCGACGGACACGGCGCAGGCGACUUGAGCUUCGGGUCCACGGCGGGGCCUCGGUUCGCCGUCGCCCCGCCGCGCCCUUGGGCGCCGCCGCCUGAGCACGCGGCCGUCUUCGCGCAGCCACCAGACGAUCCGUCGACGUUGACCAUGCUGUGGGGACCGCCCGGCGAGGUGCCCGUUGCCGGCUUCGCUGCGGCACCGGAAGGGCGACCGGAUGCGUUCGCUGGCAGCGCGUCGUGCCUGCCGCUCGCGAGGCAGGUCGGCGGCCAGCAGGGGGCGCGCAACUUCGUGGUGUCGCCGCUGUCGUUCCACGCGGCGCUCGCGCUGGUGGCCGCGGGCGCGCGGGGCGAGACGCAGCGGGAGCUCCUGCGCUUCUUGGACUCCGAGUCGCUGGGCGAGCUGCACCGCGCCGCGGCGACGGCGCUGGUCGCCCGGCUCAGCGACCUCCCGCAGGCGUCCUUCGCCUGCGGAGUCUGGGUGGACCGGAGCCGCGCGCUCACGCCGGAGUUCAUGGACACCGCCGCGUCGCGCUACGCGGCGGUCGCGGAGUCCGUCGACUUCUUGAAGAACUCCGAGGCGGCAAGGCAGCAAGUCAACGACUUCGUGAAAGGAGCAACGAAAGGGCUCAUCGGCGACGUCCUGCCUCCCGGCUCCGUCGACUCGUCCACGGCGCUCGUCCUCGCCAACGCCAUCUACUUCAAGGGGGCGUGGGCUCGGCCGUUCGAUCCGUCGAGAACCAUCUUCGCGCCGUUCCAUCUCCCCGACGGCGGCACCGUGCGCGUGCCGUUCAUGACUACGAGCGGUUUCGAGGACCAGCGGCAGCGGGUUGCCGUGUUCCCCGGAUUCAAGGCGCUCAAGCUGCCCUACAAGAACGACGACGGCGCGCAGCAGGACGCGUUCUACAUGCUUCUACUCCUCCCCGACGGUGAGACCCUAACCCUCAAUGAUCUCUAUGAUAAGGUCGUGUCGUCGCCGGGAUUCAUCAGGAAGCACACGCCGGUGGACGAGGUCCGGGUCGGGGGGUUCAUGGUGCCGAAGUUCAAGUUCACGUUCGAGUUUGAGGCGUCUCACGAUAUCCAGAAGCUGGGAGUCAACCGAGCCUUUCAAAGAGGUGACUUCUCCGGCAUGGUCUCCGGUGGAAACGGGCUCAUCAUCUCAGGAGUGUACCACAAGGCCACCGUAGAGGUGGACGAGGCCGGCACCGUUGCCGCCGCGGCCACGGCCGAGUUCAUGUUUAUGUGUGCAAGAAUGCAUCCACCGCCGGUGGAUUUCGUGGCGGACCGGCCGUUUUUGUUCGCCAUCGUGGAGAGAAGUGGCGUCGUGCUGUUUCUUGGGCAUGUGGUGAACCCUCUGGUUGGGUGAUGAAUGAUAGGAGUGGCAGCUAUAUUUUGGUCGUUAUAGCUUUACCGAAAUGACGUUGUUAUUUAACAAUAAAUAAAUACCGUCUAUUAUGUGGUUUAUUUUUAUGGGAACCUUGAAGAUGUUUAUCAGAGGUAGUGGCUAUGAAGAUUUUUGUAAUAUAUGGAUGGUGGUUUAAUGCUAGAAUUGCAAUGUCUUAGUGAUUUUCCACCUAUAUCUUAAACUUUCUUUCUAUGUUACUUU